UUGAUACGCUCAGUAACCCAGUCGAUUCGCAGCAUCGCGCGCUGUUGCCGGCCAGUUUGAAACAACGACCUAGCAGCCGCGCGUAACGCGUUCCAAAUUUAAAAAUUAAAUAAAAAAUUCUAUCUUCUAUCGCAUUCUUUUGUUUUCGUUUAUCAUAAAAAUAAAAAUUAUAAUCAUAAAUUAAUGUGAAAUACAUAGUGCAAUAGGCUGGCCGUCUUUCUGGAGUCCCAAAUAACGAAACUGCAAGAAAAAUAAUCGAAUAGAUAACACGAAACAAAUACCAAUGUGGUAAUGACUAACGGGACACGUGCUAAAGGAUAUAUGCUAUAAUACCUAAGUAAACAAAAUAAUUUAAUAAAAUGUCGAUGGAAAAUCAAGAGUACGUUAAUGGCAUGAGGCCGGGCCCUUUGACGAGAGAGAUACCAGAGUGCAUGAGAAAUAAGUAUAGCUUGAUCCAAUCUAUUUUCGAUCUUAUUGUCACAUUGGUGACAGUGAUUGGGUAUCUGUUCCAAGGAAUAUAUAGAUCGAUCAUAGGGAAGCCGAAGAAAGACCUGAAGGGUCGAAUUGCCUUGAUCACGGGCGGAGGAGGCGGUCUAGGAAGCCUUAUUGCCUUACGACUCGCGAGGCUCGGAUGUGUAGUUGUACUAUGGGAUAUAAAUAAACAAGGUCUUGAAGAUACAGUGAAGCUAGUUAAAGGCAUCGGCGGAAAGUGCUACGGUUAUGUGGUGGACUUAGCUGCUAGAGAGGACAUCUAUCGAGUCGCCGAACAAGUUAAAAAAGACGUGGGAAAUGUAUCCCUUCUCGUCAACAACGCGGGCGUAGUAUCUGGUAUGUACCUCCUGGAUACACCGGACCACCUUAUCCAAAGGACGUUCGAUGUUAACAUCUUAGCUCAUUUCUGGACGGUAAAGGCGUUUAUCCCAGACAUGAUAGAAAGCAACGACGGACACAUAGUGACCAUAGCGUCCAUGGCCGGGCACGUGGGCGUCUCCAAGCUAGUGGACUAUUGCGCCUCCAAGUCUGCGGCGUGCGGGUUCGAUGAGGCCCUCAAAGUGGAACUGGAGUCCAAAGGAAUUGAUGGCGUCCACACCUCAUUGAUUUGCCCAUACUUUAUUAGAGCUACUGGAAUGUUUGAAGAGGUUAACUCGAGGAUUGUUCCUCAGCUGAACUCGAACGACGUGGCGGAUCGCGUGGUGUACGCGAUCCGGACCAACGAGCGGCUCGCCAUGAUACCCGCAUACUUCAGACUUUUGCUGCCUUUCAAAUGGAUUGUCCCAUGGGCGUGCACGUCCGAAAUGAUUCGAGGUUUAGUGCCGGACGCCGUGCCCGCGCCCAUGCCCAUGCCGGCCAAACAAAAACUGGACUCACCCAACACUAACGGGAAGCUAGACUCGCGCCCUAUGACCUUAGUUCCACCAGCUAGACACGACCGACACGUCUGAACGUACCCUUACUUUAAUAUUCUGUACUUCAUGAGACAUUGCUGACUAAAAUGGUUGUUAGACAUUUGUUACGAAAUUGUGUUGGUGUUAAUUAAUUUGUGUUUGACUAAAGUAUGGUAUAUAUAGAGUUUUUAUCGCGUUGUUUCUUGUUUUAUUCCGUCGCUUUUCAAAACAACGGGAUAAAAUAUAUGAUACUACUUAAAAGAAAAUGUGGGCCACUGGUGUAUAAUAAUUGGCUAAAUUCUACGUUUUUUUCGCUAAAAUCAAACAUAUGAUCAUAAGAUAUUUUAUACCAAAUACAAAACGUGAAAAGCCAAUAUUCACAGUGCCUUUAAUUUCUAUAUUAUAUUUGUUAUAAUUUCAAGAUUAAAGUCUUAACGAACAAUAAUUGAAUUUGAAUCACAUAAUCGACAUGAAAUGUCUAAACAUAUCUAAACAUGAUUUUUGUCCCUUUAUCGUUAAUAAUUGGUGACGAUCUUAUAUGAUGUUAUAAUAUUUCGAAUUAAGUAAUUGACUCAUUUACUGAGGACCAUACAAUGCCUUAGCGAUUUUUUAUAGAAUAUAUAACAGACUUCUAAUGGUGCAUCUAUAAGUGACCUUAACUUAGUGAAUGAAAGACAUUAAAAAUAUAAGUUGUAUUUCAAUGAAUUAAGAAAUUAACGGAAUAAUUCCUCUAUAAAAAAAAACACACUUUUUAUACCAUUUAUUUGAUAAAACGCUUAUAACCUUUUGUAGAUUUUUUCCAAGUUUUGUUAUACGAUUAACAUUAGAUCGUUUUUGACAUGAAUGACAAUGGUGCAAUUAUAUUUUUACUCACAAAAUAUGUUUACAACAGUAAUUUUAAGCUAAUUUUAAAUAAUUGUAGUAAAGCUGUGGUACUUAGUCAAAUUAAGAUAACAAGAGAUUUUGGAUGUGAUUUCUAGUUGAAUAAUGUAGUUAUUUUUAAUCUCCUUUUAUAUUGUGGUAGCUACUAUAAUUGCAGUAUCGAUGAAUUUAAUUUUAAAAUGAAAAAAUAAUAAUCUGUGCCUUAAUAAUUACAAUUUUAAGUUUUCUUUGAAUAUAUCGGCAGCUUACUACAUUAAUUAACAGACGUAAAUUGAAUGAAAAAGGAAAAACACUACUCUUAAUUUUGUAUUAACAACACAUCCAAUAAACGAUAUUGCAGCUAUCGUAGCAAGUCCUCGAGUAAGCUCUCGAGAGCGAGCUUGGAAUGCAUUACCUCUUAUUUUUAUUUAGGUGAUUAAUGAGGGUUCGGUUAGAUAAGAUGCAAUUUGCUAACAAUCCGAAUGUAGACGUUAAUUAGAUUUUAUAUUAUUUUACAUUUAAAUUUUAUCUUCGAAAACUCAAGUUGCAUUUUAUCAAUAGUUGUUUUGAGCAUUUUAUUUAUAGCUAUAAUGUUUAUUUUUGUAUGUAUUAAUCAAUUCAAUUGUAAAAGGUAUUUUAUUUGUAUCAACAGUUUUAAAAACUCUUCAAAGGUAGAUAUAUAUGUAAAUAUAAAAGAUGUGCAUUUGUAAGAUCAAUUUUGUAUACAUUCCAUUUUGUGAUGAAUAGGUAUAAAGUUUGGGAUAAACGAAUUAUUUUUCUACCUAAUAAAUGAAAUGAACACAUUAA